AUGUUGGUGGGCGGGUCCUCAAGUUUCCCGGGCCAGGAGCGCGGGGCCUGCCGGGAAGGUGCCUUGACGGUUGUCUACUGGGUAGCAGGCGACCCGCCGCCUGGGCAUCAGCAUGCAGAGCACCGACCUGGGCAACAAAGAGAGCGGCAAAAUAUGGCACCGCAAGCCGUCCCCGGCCUCCCGGGACGGGAUUAUAGUGAACAUCAUUCACAACACUUCAGAUUACCUUCCCAAAGUUUUGCGGUUUUUGAAUGUGGCUUUUGAUAGCUCUGGUGAUUGUUUAAUUGCCGGGGAUCAUCAAGGAAAUAUCUAUCUUUUUGACUUACAUGGAAAUAGGUUUAAUCUUGUUCAGCGAACAGCACAAGCUUGCACUGCUCUGGCCUUUAAUCUUCGCAGGAAGUCUGAGUUCCUUGUGGCAUUAGCUGACUAUUCUGUUAAAUGUUUCGAUACAGUUACCAAGGAGCUCGUUAGCUGGAUGAGGGGACAUGAGUCAUCAGUCUUCUCAAUCUCAGUGCAUGCCUCUGGGAGAUACGCCAUCACUACCUCUUCUGAUACAGCCCAGCUAUGGGACUUGGAUACCUUUCAGAGAAAAAGAAAGCUGAAUAUUCUUCAGUCUGUGGGCAUACAAAAGGUUUUCUUUCUACCGUUAAGUAAUACCAUCCUCAGCUGUUUUAAAGAUAAUUCCAUCUUUGCCUGGGAAUGUGAUACUCUUCUUUGCAAAUAUCAGUUGCCGGCUCCACCUGACAGCUCUUCUAUGUCAUAUAAAGUAUUUGCUGUCACCAGAGAUGGUCGAAUCUUAGCUGCAGGAGGCAAAUCAAAUCAUCUUCAUUUGUGGUGCUUGGAAGCUAAGCAAUUAUUUAGAAUUAUCCAAAUGCCCACUAAAGUUCGAGCUAUUCGCCAUCUAGAAUUUCUUCCUGAUAGUUUCGACGCUGGUUCUAAUCAGGUUCUUGGAGUGCUGAGUCAAGAUGGAAUUAUGAGAUUUGUUAAUAUACAGACUUGUAAACUUCUUUUUGAAAUUGGGAGUCCUGAUGAAGGAAUCCACUCAUCAGCAAUUAGCCCUCAUGGACGGUUCAUUGCUUCUAUUAUGGAAAAUGGUAGCCUGAACAUAUAUUCAGUUCAAGCUUUAACACAAGAAGUAAAUAAGCCACCUCCUCCUUUAGUGAAAGUAAUUGAAGACUUACCCAAGAGUAUGAGAUCUGGUGAUCUCAAGCUGAAAGUAUCAUCAGGGAGAGUGCAGCGGCCAGCAAAAUCAAGGGAAAGCAAGACAAAAACUAGAAUAUUAAAGCAAGAUCUGACGGGUCACUUUGAAAAUAACGAGCAUGAAUUUUCUGAUGGACUAAGCAGAAAGCGUUUGCAAAUUUUAUUAAAGGGCUAUGGUGAAUAUCCAACAAAAUACAGAAUGUUCAUUUGGCGCUCUCUGCUACAACUGCCUGAAAAUCACACUGCAUUUAGUAAUCUAAUAGAUAAGGGUAUUCACGUGGCAUUUCUCAACCUUCAGAAGAAAUACCCCAUCAAAAGUAGGAAACUACUCAGAGUAUUGCAGAGAACACUAUCUGCAUUAGCUCACUGGUCUGACAUCUUCAGUGACACACCGUAUCUUCCUCUUUUGGCAUUUCCGUUUGUAAAGUUAUUCCAGAAUAAUCAGCUCAUCUGCUUUGAAGUGGUUGCUACUCUUAUAACCAAUUGGUGUCAACACUGGUUUGAGUAUUUCCCCAAUCCUCCUAUCAAUAUUCUUGGCAUGGUUGAAAAUGUCUUGGCAUUUCAUGACAAAGAACUGCUGCAACACUUCAUAAACCAUGAUAUAACUUCCCAGCUAUAUGCAUGGCCUCUCCUUGAAACUGUGUUUUCAGAAGUACUGACAAGAGAGGAGUGGCUAAAAUUAUUUGAUAAUGUCUUUUCCAACCAUCCAUCAUUUCUCCUGAUGAGUGUUGUAGCCUACAAUAUUUGCUCCAGAGCACCUUUGCUCAACUGUAAUCUUAAAGAUGACUUUGAGUAUUUUUUUCACCAUCGGAAUAACUUGGAUAUAAGUGUUGUAAUUAAAGAAGCUUAUCAUCUCAUGGAUACCACGCCCACUGAUAUUCAUCCAGACAACCUGCUUGAUGUUUUUGUGGCACUGACAAAAGGUCAAUAUCCAGUAUUUAACCAAUAUCCCAAGUUUAUUGUGGACUAUCAGACACAGGAACGAGAAAGAAUAAGGAAUGAUGAGUUGGACUACUUAAGAGAAAGGCAGACAGUUGAAAAUUUGCAAGCUGAAGUAGAUCAGCAAAGAGUUGAAGAUGAAGCUUGGUACCAAAAACAAGAACUGCUCCGCAAAGCUGAGGAAAUGAGAAGAGAGAUGCUUUUACAAGAGGAGGAGAGGAUGCUGCAACAAAGAGAGAGACUAGCUGCUGUGAAGAGAGAGCUGAAAGUAAAGGAGUUGCACUUACAAGACGCAGCGAGGAGGCGUUUUCUCAAGCUCCAACAAGAUCAGCGUGAAAUAGAACUAAGAAGACUAGAGGAUGAAAUUGAGAGGAAGGUGCACCUGAGAGAUCGAGAAAUUGCUACAACAGCCAAAGACCUAGAAAUGAAACAUCUGGAACUUGAAUCACAAAAACGAUUGCUUGAGAAGCAGAAUCUUACUAGAAGCCAAGAAGCUGUUGCAAAGGAAAUGAGAGAAGAGUUAGAUGCCUUUAGAAGAAAAGUGGAUCUUGAAGAAGACAUGUUUCAUAAACUAAUAGACACAAAUAAAACUCAGAACCAAAAAGCUCAGAAGUUAAUUGAAGAAAAGUUGGCAAAAGCUACACAAGCGUGCCUCAAUACUGACUGGCGAAUUCAAGCUUUACAUAAACAAAGAUGUAAUGAUCUACAGAGAGGUGAAUGUUACUGGGAAAUGGCCAAACUCCUUCAGGAAAACAGAAGGAAAGAAUCAGAAGUAUUAAAUACAGUGAUGGCGGAGGAAGCUAAAAAGUGGGAGGAAGCUGAAGAAAAAGACUUUCAGUUGGAAUCAGAAAAGAAGGCUUCAGCUCUUGCAGAUGAGUCUAGACGAUUGUUUCUAGAGCAGGAGCUGAGUGAUGCUUUAGAACAUGCCAAACAUCCAUAUAAAAAAGUAGUACCCAGGAGCCAAACUAAACACUUUACCUCAAGCUGUUUGCCUAGAACCGCACAGUUAAGUGACAUUUCUGAAAUGGACUCCUCACUGCAGAGUUCUUUCAGUCAAAGAGAAAUGCAGUGGGACACGAUGGAACGAGAUCUGAUGGAAAGAGUGAGAAAUCUUCGCCAGAGACUCACUGCCCAGGCUCGUAACAGACGUCAAACACCUCAUCUCUUGACAAUAUAGGCUUACCACCUUGGGAAAGUGAGAGAGAGAGAGAGAUACCUAUUUUGCAAUCAAUGACACUGAUUUUUAAAUUAUUUAUUUUAAACUCCUGUGAAGAUCAACUUUUUGUACAGAAAAAUUGUGUAUAAAAUUAUGUGUUCUAUUUAA